GCACACUAUAUAAUUAAUUGAAAUAGAAAAAUAAACUAAUUUCCAACAAUGUCCAACGAUAUCAAAGCUAUGGAAUUACUGUUCCAACGGCCAUUGGAACCAAUAUUCACGUCCAGGGACAAUGGCAAAGCAGCUUUCGAUGUUCCCGAUAGUUUUUACACUGAAAAAUUUAAUAGUUCAAUAGCUUCAAUUCAAAGUCGAUUUGGUGAUGAUAUUGAUGUUAAAAUUCCUAUUCGUGACAUUGAUAAUAAACCGAACUUAGAUUUCGCCUUGGAAAUAGGCAAAAGGCAAAAUUUUGAUCUUUUCAGUGAUAAACAUAAACGCAUUGCUGGAAAGUUGAUAAGAAUGUUCAUGACCACUAAGGAUCGUUCAGAGUUUAUUUCCUUGGCUGCUUAUGUUAAGGACCGUAUCAAUCCAAUGUUGUUCCAAUAUGCCUACACCGUAGCAAUACAACAUCGUCCUGAUACUAAAAUGGUACCAGUUCCACCAGUUGCUGAACAAUUUCCAGGAAAUUUUGUUGAACCUUCGGUAUUCCAAGAAGCUCGAGCUGAAGGAUCAUUGAAAAGUCCUGAAAACAGAAUAACAAUCGACAUGGCUGAAAACUUUACUGCUUCUAAUCGUGAAGACGAACAACGAUUGGCCUAUUUCCGAGAAGAUAUCGGAAUAAAUAUGCAUCAUUGGCAUUGGCAUUUGGUAUAUCCUGGCUAUGGACCUGAAGAAAUUGUUCGAAAAGAUCGCCGAGGUGAACUUUUCUAUUACAUGCAUCAUCAGAUCUUAGCUCGGUACAAUGUUGAGCGAUUCUGUAAUGGACUUGGACGAGCCAGGACACUUAACAAUCUUCGUGAAGCUAUUCCUGAAGGCUAUUUCCCCAAAAUCAUAUGCAGUAUGAAUAAUCGAACCUAUCCGGCUCGUAUCAGUGGACAAUCGCUAAGCAAUGUCGACCGAGAUGGUAAUAGUAUUGAAAUUGCCGAUGUUGAACGUUGGGCUGAUAGAAUACAUCAAGCCAUCGAUCAAGGAUAUGUUGUUGAUGGUCGAAACAAUAAAAUUGAAUUGGACGCAGUAAAAGGUAUUGACAUCUUAGGAGAUAUGAUUGAAGCUUCCUCCCUGACACCAAAUAGUAGGCUCUAUGGUAAUCUACACAACAUGGGACACAGCUUGAUCUCUCUAGCUCAUGAUCCUGAUUCGAGGCAUUUGGAAGAUAUCGGUGUGAUGGGUGAUGUUACAACAGCAAUGAGAGAUCCAAUCUUUUACCGUUGGCAUUCGUUUCUUAAUCAAAUCUUCAAUAAAUUCAAAGCACUUCUUCCAGCUUAUGAUUCCAAUGAGUUGGGUUUCAAUGGAGUGAUUGUGGACACUGCUUAUGUACAAAUCCAAAGCGAAGGAACAACUCCAAAUAUUUUAGCAACAUUUUGGCAAAAUUCGACUAUUGAUAUCGGUGCUGGGUUAGAUUUUGGACCAAAUGGAGCUAUAUAUGCAAAAUAUAGCCAUUUGCAACAUGUUCCAUUUGCGUAUAAUAUUGCAGUGACCAAUACAGGAGCUUAUCGUAAAGGAACAUGUCGAAUUUUCCUAUGUCCGAAAACUGACGAACGUGGUACACCGCUGAGAAUGACUGAUAUUCGUAAUUUGGCAAUUGAAAUGGACAAAUUUACUGUUUACUUAAAAUCUGGUAGAAAUACCAUUCAACGUAAAUCAAAUCAAUCUUCUGUAACAAUUCCAUUUGAGCGUUCAUUCCGACGUGUCGAUUCUGCAAGCUUACCCAAAGAUGCUGAUGCAUUGGCUGAAUAUCGGUUUUGUGGAUGUGGUUGGCCAACACAUAUGCUUUUACCAAAGGGAAGUGCCACAGGAAUGGAAUUUGAUUUGUUUGUAAUGAUUUCGGAUUAUGUUGGUGAUGAAGUUAUACAAAUACAAACUAAUGAUUCUGUUUGUGGUGAUGCUCAGUCAUUCUGUGGUCUUAGGGAUAAAUUGUAUCCCGAUAAACGUGCUAUGGGAUUUCCGUUCGAUAGGCAAAUUUACAGUUCUAAUCUUGGAGGUUUUACUAGGCAAUAUAAAAAUAUGGCAGUGACGGCUAUUAAGAUACACUUUUCCAACAGACAUAUUGAUAGAGAUCAGAAGUAAUACUCGUACA